UAUACUGAUAAAGUAUACUUCUAUAUCGAUUACCACGCGAUUUGGGAUCCGGCCAAUCAUUUAUCGGUAUUCAUCAUCAACACCCUCCAUCCUGAGACAGAAGCAUGUUUUAGCUUCCACCACAAAACGCGGAGCACACAUUACUGACGAAAAUCCCCGCAAAUCGGCUUGCAGGCAUUCGGUUCGCUGUUAAGUCCAACCGCGUGACGCCAGUCGCGGCGGCGUGGGAAAAACAGGUUGAAAGCAGCCGCACGAGACCAAAACACGUCCGGGAGACAGGAAUUUUCUAUCUGCAGACGUGUUUAGCAUCCGGCCCCGGUUCAUCCUGGGAAGGCUUUUCUCCAUUAUUUACCCACUGAUAUUGGUGACUCUGCUUGACAUUUGACCUGGCUACAGUGAUGGGACGAAAACUGGACCUUUCAGGACUGACAGAAGAUGAGGCACAGCAUGUGCUCAAAGUGGUACGGAGAGAUAUAAAACUACGGAAAAAAGAGGAGGAUCGCCUCAGUGAUUUGAAGCAUGAGCUGGAGGAAGAGGACACACGCUGUCUGCUAUUGGCCAAGCAGCGUGGCUUUAAUGAGCAGUGCUGCAUUCGCUGCUGUGGGCCAUUCAGCUUCUUUCUCAAGCCACGUCGUGUCUGCCUAGACUGUCGCUACAAUGUCUGCAAAGCCUGCUGCUCCUACAGCCAGCACGAACAUGGUUAUGUUUGUGCCUUUUGCCACAAGAGCAGGCUUCUGAGGGUCCAAUCUUUGGAGUGGUAUUAUAACAACGUCAAGAGUCGCUUUAAGAGGUUUGGCAGUGCCAAAGUACUCAAGACCCUCUACAAGAAGCACAUUAUUGAGAGAGGUGCACUGUUAGAGUUGCCAGUGAGUGCCCCUGAAGGCAGCAAUGAUAUCGAUGGCAGUGUCUGUGGCAGUGACUCAGCAUUCUCUAAGCAAAGUGAAAGUCACAGCAUCGCAGAGACUCUCACUGUUGCCCUGCGUGUUGCUGAAGAGGCCAUAGAAGAAGCAAUCACUAAAGCAGAGGGCUACAGGGACAGUCUGGAGAAGCAGAAUGAAGCCCGAUAUCUUCGUGAUCAUAGAGAAGAGCUUGUAGAGGAACUUGCAACAACAAUUGUCCAAAAAAUUAUUAAUAGAGGGAAGCAACGCUCAGAGAUGCAGGCAGAGUAUGACUUUGUUUGGUCUCAGACUCACAACAGUGACCUGCCCUCCACUACCUCAGCAUCAAGCAUACGCACCACUUCCCAGCCUAGUACUAUCACACAGGCCUGUCGCAAAACUUCCUGGAGGUCCCUAUCAGCAUUAUCUCUGACUAGUGAUGAAUCCCCAGACAAAAGCCCUGAAGCAGAUAAGGCGUCUGAAGCUACAGAACCAGAGCCAAAUCUUGAAAUUUACUCAUCUUUGCGGAGAGAGUCACGAGCAUCGAUAUUGGGGUGGAAAAAUGUGGACCGCCUGGACAACUCCAGUGCUUCUUCUGUGCUACAAUCUCCGGAUGGGAACUGGAUCGCUUUACAGACUUCCCAGCAUUCACGGCCAAGCCUGCUUACCAAACGGAAGAGCUUGGUGUUCAGUGUGCUAGAGAAGGAAUCUGGCGUGGUUUCAGCAUACGAUGAGAUGGGGUCAGAUUCAGAGGAUGGAGAAGAAUGUGAUAGCUGGGGGCUUGCACUGCUGCAGUUUCGCCAACGUCUCUCAGAAGAAACAAACUCUCAACGCGACACAGAGCACUAUCCACAAGUAACCUCACCCUCCUCGGGUCACUUCACCAACACAGAGACCCUAAACUCAGACUCGGAGAAUUCUUUAAUUAACCCUAGACAAACACAAAUCCCUGUUUACAGUGUCACCCAAAAAAACGAAGCUUCACUGGAACUCCUACAUGCCCAUCCCUACAUGCCCUUUGAGCAAUACGGACCUGCUAUUAGACUGUCACACUCACCAAGGCUUGGUGCCCUGGAUGUGAAUUUUAACCCUCAGGUGGUUGGAGAUAGCAGUGAGGGGGAGGAGCAAGCUGAGCAGAUACGAAGGUUGCGACGUAGGAAGCGAAACAAACGCGAGUCAGCUGAGGAGAGCCGUGUGUACAAUGUCCUGUACACAGGGGAGAACAGCACUCUAUUGCUCAACACCAUGAUGAUGAAAGGACAGGAUAACCAGGAGACACCGUCAUCUCUUCCACCUCCCACAAAUCACUUACCAGACACUGUGACCCCACUCAACCAUGUGACUUCCCCUGCCUUGACCCCUGAGUUUGCAUACAAGAACACAGUAGCCUCUAACCCGAUGUAUACCCAAUCUGAAAAUGACCAUGAACUGAGGUCAAAACUCUCUGAACUGGUUUAUCAAAUCAAUAAGGAGGAAUUGACCUCAUCAGAUGAUGAGCCAAUCCGAAAAGUCAUUGAUAGGCGACAUGGUGGAGAAAGGGAGAAAGAAAGUGAUAGAGUAAGACAAAGAGAAAGAAAGAAUGAGUCACAGAAAGAGAAUAAUGCCAAAAUAGAAAUGGAGAGGAAUAAAAUAAAAAUGGAGAGACUGAGUGAAAGAUGGUUACAAAGCCAGAUUAGCAGAGAGUGUCAGGAAAGUGAUGUGGUGAGGCAGGGACGUAGAGAAAGAGACCAGAAUAGAGAAAGAAAUGAUGAAGUAGAAAUGCAAAUGGAAAAACAAGAUUUGGACAGACAAAAAAAAAUAGAGAGAGAAAAACAAGUUGAAAGGAGUUGGCAAGUCAGACAGGUGGAGACAGAAAGUGAGGAUGAAAAAAAAGCAGAAAAAGUGAAUUCAGCAGAAAUAAUGCCACACAUGAUAACGAUAAGAGACCUGCAAGAGAGCGAAACACAGCAAGUGACAAUAAUUACUGUGAAAGCAAAAGAGGCUGGAGUGGAUAUAAAGAAGAGUAUGGAAGACCAACACAGUGAGAAAGGACAUUAUUUGACUAAGGAGAAGGUAAAUAGAGGGUUGCUACAGAGAAGCAAAUUGGAGGGAGACUCUGGAAAAAGAGCAGAAGCACACAGCCACAGCGCCUCUGCCCCAGAUGAGCAAACAUCGCCAACAGAGAAGUAUUCAGCUGCUUCCCUAUGCAGCAUCACCACAGAGGUUUUGAAGGUCCUAAAUGCUACAGAGGAAUUAAUAGGGGAGGCUGAAGGCAAAGGUCCUGACCCCCACGAUUCCCCAGCUGGGACACCACUCUCUUCUGGACCAGACAGCAGAAAACUGGACCAGCAUCUUACCAAGAUGGAGGAGAAUGUGUACUUGGCUGCGGGUACUGUUUAUGGCUUGGAGGAGGCAUUGAGUGAUCUGGAGGACUGUGCACGCAGCAUCAGCAGUUCUACUACUGAAACUGAACUGGCCUUCCUGGAGGAUCAGGUGGCUACAGCAGCGGUUCAAGUGCAGCAGUCUGAGUUACAGAUCUCAGACAUAGAGGCAAGAAUAUCAGCACUUAAACAUGCUGGUUUGAAUGUAUCAGUGUGCUCUCGAUUUCCCAAGCUCAAGCCUCAAACCUUGGAUUCCUCACGUCAGCAGAGAAGGAAGCUGCCUGCUCCACCUACCAUAGAAAACUCAGAGGCAGAGUCAAGAUCGUUGCAGCCAUGAGAGCAACAGACACAACCUCCAUCCUGGUCUGUGAACCUCAACCUCAUCUAACUCCAUCUCACCAUUUCCGCCUACUGACCCUCAGGCCCACACCAGUGCCUUGAUCAAAACAUCUGCUACUAUACAGCUCCUUAGCCAUCCCCCAGUCUCACAAAAAAGAUCCCAAUGAACAAGAAGGACUUCCAUGAGAAGCAAGCUCCCACUUUCACCCAUCUGCCUGAAGCAUAUUGGGAUAUGAAGUGUUUUCUUGGAGCAAUCUCUUCCUUUCUAUUGUAUCUCACUCCAGAGCCCCUUAACAUUCAUAGCCAAACAAUGGAGUUUUACUACACUUCUGUGUGCCACCUCCCAGGGACUCACUCUUUUCUUUCUGCCUUAAAAGAAACCAUCAUAGUGAGUAUAUUCACAUUCAGUCCAUAUAUAGAGUUUUACAUAUAUAAAAUAUCACAUUGUUGUGCAAUCUCGAAAUUCCUUCUUGAGGUGUUUUGGCGUUUGAGUUUUGGUCUGUAUGUUGACAGUGUGACAAAAAAUAUAAUUGUGUAUGAUCUAUGUUCCAAACAGAGGCCAAACUGUGUUUCUUAAGAAUGUUAUAUGUGUGAAAUGUCAUGUUGAAACUAAAGAAAAAAAAAUACCGCAGAUAUAAGGACAAAUCAGAUAAUCAGAUAGGACUCUCAGUUAUCUACCUGUAUAUGUCAAUCAUCAGAUCAAAUCAGAAGCAUGGCUAUAAUUCAUUCUGUUAUUGUGUUGUUGAUAUUUCUACCAUAGUAUUUUCAUAACAAUGACCCAUAGAUGUAACAGGAGUGUUCAAAUGUGUUAGAAACUGGAGAGCACCUCGAAUACAAUGUUGAACUUGUAGCCAGUAAAAACAUUCCACACUGAUUCCCACCAGAAAAUCAGUCCAUAAAUCCAUAUACAUACAGUUUGUUAUUACAAGCGAAUCUGCCAGAAUGUGUGUGAGUGAGCAUGAAUGCGGGUAUAAUUUUCUCUAGGGUUGCCAUUGCAUUAGUACAUCAUUCACUGCAGAAAAUAAACAUGUCCAUCACGUAACAAUACAGUACAGUGAAAUUAAUUUGCAUAUCCUAGUUUAUUAGGAAGCUAUAGUCAGAACAGCCAUAAUACAGAAGCUGUGGCAUAUAGAGGACCUUGCCCAAACUGGCUACUUGGUAAUCUGAUAACAAAUUUCUGUGACUCCAACAAGAGAAAGAUAAGUGAUGCCUAAUUUGAAAUUUGCAUUAAAUUCAAAUGCAAAUGAUCAUCUCCUGUUAAUUCCUCAAAUCAGUCCUACAGUGAAGGGUUGUCUUUAGUCUCUACUCUCCUAACUUUUAUGUUUAGCCCAUAUUCAACUCCAGUUGACUGAAAAAAAUGAAAGGAAAAGCCAUGUAUUUUAAUUGGAUGAAUUUUAUAGUAACGUGUAUACUACAGUUUUUGACUACUACCAUGUCAUAUCAAAACUUAAAAAGACAGAAAAUGCAGAUCCCGAAUUAUCCACUAUCGAGCUCACAAGAAAAACACUGCAAUGUAUAUGAUCAAAAUUUUCCUUUCUAGUAUAAGUGCAUAUUUGGUUGGCUAUGGUUACUCAACAAAAAAUCUACAUAAAUGCACAAACUAAGGUAAACAUGACAAGCCACAGAGACACAAAACAGUUAGUCUUUAGCUAAUUCUGACAAAUAAUGUACAAUUUAAGUUAACCUUACAGUAUAUUUCUUAUACUGUCAUUUCACUGUGAUAAUUGUAUGCUAACUCAUUGCUCACAGUAUUUAUUUGUGUGCUCCACAGUUCUAUCAUGACAUCUUUAACCCCUUUAAGUGCCAGUUUAUUAUACAGCUAUUCUUCUCAAAGAAUAUUAUUUAGUAACUACAGUGAAAAUAAUAGAAAGGUAUGUAUUCAUUAAAGUGAGAAUAGUACCUACUGAGAUAGUUCAAUAUUUUUUUGUUACAUCUGCUGUUUUAGAUAUUUUAUGUAUGUUUGCCUUAAGUGGGGUCUAAGCAUGGAAUGGGCCAAAUUAUACCUCUGGAAAUUAAAACUAAUCAGUGCUCACUUUGAGCAUCAAUACAAAUUGAUUUUAACAGUUUAGCCUUGUUUAUUGGAGAUUUAGUGUCUGCCAUCCAUGACAAAACUAUUACAGUAAUAGAAUUCAAAAUCUCAAAAAAUACCUAGUUAACAGGGGGCAUUUAGGGCAUUGCUAGCAAUAUUAAGGAAAUAAAAGUAAGUUAUCAACAAAAUCAUUUUUUUUAGUUUCCAGCUCUGAUUAGUGUGUUUGUUGUGUAUUACUAGCAGACAAUAUUACUAUUACUGUAUUCCAGUUCUCUAUUACUUUCAUUUCAGUCCUGUCCUGUGAUGAUAUCUGUGUACAAAUGCAUGUUUCUUCUUUCAGAUAGAUGUACAAAUUUUCCAAGAAAAAGCACAGUGAAGAAAUAGACAAUACCUUGUAUUUUUCUACUGUAAAAAGAAAUUAGUAGGAUGUGUAAGUUAUAUUCAGGAUGUGUUAGUAAGAAUUGCAAGAAUUGUCAGUAUGACAUUGUGUGCUACUCAUUGUGUGUCUAGUUUCUGAUGGUUCGUCUUGUGUUUUGAAGGAGAGAAAGUAAAGUUUAGAAACUGCACUCCCUCUCACUAUUUCAUUGUGAUAGUUUAAGCCAUUGCAUUUUCACAUAAGAAAAACAAACAAAGCAAUGAAA